AUGGCUGAAAAUUCUGCAAGUUCUCCAGCAACUCCAAUCCCUGCUGUAACAGCAUUAACAGGGAACAAUGUUUCAUUACAAUAUGCUUCUCUUGUCUCAAUCAAUGCUGCAACUCUGAUUCCGAUCAAACUCUCUAGAGGAGGGAACUAUGCCUCCUGGAGAUCACAGUUCAGCAAUCUCUUGUUUGGAUAUGAUCUUAUGGGAUAUGUUGAGGGUACAUAUCCAUGUCCGGCUGAAACAAUGGUGAAGACAGGAGAAACGACAGAAUCGGUUAAUCCGGAUCGGAAGAUUUGGUUAUGUCAAGAUCGCCUUGUAUUGCAAGCCAUUCAAGCCAGUCUCGCAGGCAAUAUUGCUCUGCUGAUAUCAUCUUGCCAAACAUCAGCAGAUGCGUGGUCAAAAUUGGAGACCACUUUUGCCAACAAGUCACACAUAAGAAUGCUCACUCUACUUUCAACGCUUAUGAAGGUGGUGACAAUGGCUCUCACUCAAUACUGUCGAGUUCCUCUUCUACUAAGGAUGCCAACAACUUAA